GUUCCAUCCCUUGCUUGCCUCUCCCUACAUCAUCACAUCGCCGUUCGACCUCUCUUCCUUUUCCUUCCUUCUCCCCUUCGCUUCACCAUCACCUGCUCACUUCUCCGUAUCGGCUCGAACGCAGCCUCGUUGCCCAGAGCACCACCCCCCCCGUCGACACCGUCGCUAAGCCUAUCAGGUAGCUGAAUGUCGACUUGCCAACUCAGAAUGGCUCAACAUUUCCACAUCGCUCAAAUUACCGCCCAUAAACCCAAGGAGUCCAGUAGUCCUUCGACCAUCCUGCAACUCGCUCAACGGCUUCUCCCUUCACCUGCCGCUACCAAAGAGUUGGAGGAUGGUCUAAACCCGAAAGACCCUGAACUUGCUGUUCAGGAUGUUGUGAGUCAAGAGAAACGAGGAACAUCUGCACAAGAUGGAACACCCGCCCCGAAGAAAGUGAUCGUAGUCGGUGCCGGCAUCGCCGGUCUUCGUGCUGCCUCUGUCUUGCGAACCCAUGGUGUCCAAGUCGUGGUCCUCGAAGCCCGUCCUGAUCGGAUCGGCGGACGCAUUUACACGAGUAGGAAGGCUGGGCACGCUCCACGAGACAUUGGUGCCGCCUGGAUGCACGAAACCGCCAAUAACAAACUCGUCCGUCUCAUCGGCCAGCUCAGUAUCGAGCACUAUUAUGAUGACGGCACCCCCCUCUACUACACCAGAGACGGUCGCCUCGGCUCCCAGUUCAAGGCGAAAAAGGUCGCCGAUGAAUUCGCCGACUUCUGUGCUUGGUACUACGAGGAAAACCCCGACGCCGAGGACAAACCUGCCCUGACUUUUAUAAGGGAAUGGCUCAGCAACCAUCCCUUGGUCAGCGAGGAUGAACGCCUCUGGGCCCCUCAAGCUGCUCGCGAGGUCGAAGCUUGGAUCGGUACCAGCCUCGAACAAGCGUCUUCCAAACAUCUUGCCUACUUCGCAACCGAACGCAACCUUUACAUGAAGGGAGGAUACGAUACCAUUAUCGACUGGGCUGCCUCAAACCUCCGUGAUCCGGGAACCAUCCGGCUUGGACACAAGGUCACGAAGAUUGAUUGGAAUGAUGACGACACACGCAAUCCAUGUGUGGUUCAUACCAUCACUCCAGAUGGCAACCUCACCCCUUUCGUCGCAGAUGCCGUCGUUUGCACCCUUCCCCUUGGCGUUUUGAAACACAAACUUGUGGACUUCAGCCCUGCCUUACCAGAGCAACUAUCGCUGGGCAUUGACAAACUCGGCUAUGGAGCGCUCGGCAAGAUCUUCGUCGAAUUUGAAUCAGUGUUUUGGCCCAAAGACAAUGACCAGUUCAUCUACUAUCCUGAGCCGACCACCGACGCUUUCGACGAGGAUUCCAUCUUCUCUUACAUGACUGUUACGAGCAACAACUGGAUCAUGAGCGGCACCAAAGAGCUGUCUGUCCAGAUUGUUGAGCCCCUCACUCAGCGAAUCGAAGCCAUGACUUCAGACGCAGAAAUCUACGCUUUUUUCGAACCGCUUUUCAAGCUUUUCCGAACCGAGCCUUACAAAAAGCUUCCUCCGGUUGUGAAUCUGGAAACGACACACUGGACUCAAGAUCCCUUUGCUGGCUUUGGUACAUAUACUGCCGACAAAACCGGAGAUGACCCGGAUAUUUGGUUCGAUGCAGUCGAGAACAGCAAGGGAAGCAAGCUGCAGUUUGCCGGAGAGCACUGCACGCGGACUGGAAAUGGAUGUGUGCAUGGUGCUUUUGCCACUGGCGAAACUGCUGCCGUCAACAUUCUGACGUCGCUGGGAGUUCCGUACAAGGGUGGGGAUCUCUACAGUAGACGUCCAUCGAGGAGGAAAUCACCACCCAGAUACUGAGCGGGCGGAUACCCGAAUCCACUGCGAAGGAAAUCUGGGGAGGUCGUGGUUCUCCUAGUCUGUUGACGGACAGGCUGGAGCGCCGGACUGAGACAUGUCGGCGUUGUGUUUUUCGUGAUUUUUCUUUCUCUCUUAAACAGAAUGUUUUCGUUUGGUAUCUGGUUAUUUGGUACAUGUUGAAUCUAGUCACUCCUUAUUGUAUUGACCCUCUUUCUUACCGAGAUUAGGAACUGAUUUGGAGGUUGCUGAAGAUGAGAUGGGAGGUUGGUGGCCCCGUCCAGUGCCGAGAAUGUCAGAAUGAAUGCUUUUUUGAUAGUCAACAGUACAAUUUGCUAUGCAAGAUAUCAAUUAUUCUCCUUUA